GGGUUAAUGGGAACAACUUCUUUAACAAUACCAACAAUUCUCCUUUAAUUAUUGCCACUUCUGGUUUUUUCUUUCCGUCGACCCCAAUCUGCUCACUCUCUUUCCUUCGACUUUGUCGCUAUGGCUAAGAGCUCCUUUAAGUUGGAACACCCCCUCGAAAGGAGGCAGGCUGAAGCUGCUCGUAUUAGGGAGAAGUAUCCGGACAGAAUCCCGGUGAUCGUUGAGAGGGCGGAUAAGAGUGAUGUGCCUGAUAUUGACAAGAAAAAAUAUCUGGUUCCUGCUGAUCUAACAGUUGGCCAAUUUGUCUAUGUUGUCCGGAAGAGGAUUAAGCUGAGUCCUGAGAAGGCUAUUUUCAUUUUUGUGAAGAACAUUCUACCACCAACUGCUGCUAUGAUGUCUGCCAUAUACGAGGAAAACAAGGAUGAAGAUGGUUUCCUUUACAUGACUUACAGUGGUGAGAACACGUUUGGAACUGGGAUGAUUGAGGCAAUAUGAUCAACGGAUAUCCAUGUGAAUAUGACUUGCGAAAAAUAAAAAUAGUUUAAGAUGUAAAUUCUUUGUUGCUCCCCUUGGUGGAUAUUGCCUACUAGUUCAAUAUUCGCUGGCAAAUGGCCUCCUCUGACAUUUUCUUUAAAAGUUGGUAACUAAUUUAUGUGAACUAAACAGCGUUUGCCUUGCUGUGUAGUGCUGAAGCUUUUUAGGAAUUAGAUAUGGUUCCUUGACUAUACCAUUAUAUGUUGCUGCCUGUCAUCCUAUAAAGCUCUUUGAAGUCUGCCUCUCAGCUGUAAA